AUGAGGGUAAAUAAUAUUAUUUCGUUUACUGCAGUGGCUUCUACAGCUGUUGCUUUAGUGAUUCCAGAUAUCACUUCAUUCUUUAGCAGUUUUAAUCAAAUUUUGAUCCCACACCAUCCACAAGCGCCAUUGAUCAAUCAAGAUCAGCAUUUACCUUCACAUGACAAAGAACAAAAUACUAAACCUAGUAUUCUUUCUAAUCCCUUGAAUAAAAUAAUUCCAAAUCAUUAUAUUGUUGUUUUGAAAGAUGAUUUAUCUCAAGCGCAGUUUUUGCAACACCAAGAUUGGGUUCAAAAGGAACAUGUUUCUAUUUCCAGUUGCAAACUGGAGGUCAACAAAAAACCUUUGGAAUUUUUUCAAAUUGAUAAUUUUGUUAAAGGUUAUACUGGGUUUUUCACUGAAGAUUUGAUUAACAAGAUUUUGGAAUUGCCGGAAGUGGCUUUUGUUGAAAGAGAUUCUAUUUUCCAUACUGUUGAGUUUGAUAUCCAAAAAGAUGCUACCUGGGGUAUCUCACGUAUUAGUCAUCGUGAAAAUAUUGAUGAUGGGAAAUAUUUGUUUGAUAAUGAUGGAGGCAGGGGAGUCACUGCGUAUGUCAUUGAUACUGGUAUUAAAGUUGGUCAUCCUGAUUUCGAAGAUAGAGCCCAAUGGGGUGCUUCAAUAGCUUUCCCUAAUAUUAAGCAAGAUUACAAUGGUCAUGGUACUCAUUGUGCUGGUACAAUUGGUUCUAAAACAUAUGGUAUUGCUAAAAAUGUCAACCUUGUAGCUGUUGGUGUGAUGAACAUGUUGGGUGCUGGAUCGACAUCUGACAUUAUUAAAGGAAUUGAAUUUGUUGUCAAACUGCAUCAAGAAGAUGUGAGAGCAAAGAAGAAAGGUUUUAAAGGUUCUACAGUCAAUAUGUCAAUUGGUGGUGGUAUUUCUGAUGCUUUAGAUUUGGCGGUUAAUGCUGGUACUAAAGCUGGAUUGCAUAUUUCUGUUGCUGCUGGUAAUGACAAUGCCGAUGCUUGUCAAUAUUCACCAGCAAGAGCAAGUGGUCCGAUCACUAUUGGAGCAACAAAUAUUCGUGAUGAAAAAGCUAGUUUUUCCAACUGGGGUAGUUGUGUUGAUUUAUUUGCUCCUGGUGAAGACAUUGAGUCUACUUUUAUUUGGUCCGACACCACUGUUAUGUCAGGAACGUCGAUGGCUUCUCCACAUAUUGCUGGAUUAUUGUCUUAUUAUUUAUCGUUACAACCAGAUAUUACUUCAGAAUUCUAUACUCAAGCUAUUGAACCAGCUGAUUUGAAGAAUAGAUUGAUCAAAUAUGGUACUAAAGGAGUAUUGACUGGAUUGGAUUCUGUUAGUCCAAAUAUUUUAGCAUUCAAUGGUGCUGGUGGUAACUUAACCGAGUUCUGGAGUUUAUAA